AGAGAACAUUUCUUUAGAGAAGAAAUUUAUUUCUAGUUUAAAUUAUAUUAAAAGUGAAAUCUCAAACUGCACAGUAAUUUUGGGACAAGAGAGUAUUUCAUUUUCUUAAGACAAUAGUAACAGUUGGUAAAGUUAAUGUCCAAAAGCCCACUCUUCCAGCCCAUUACCAAAAAUAACCGACACAAAAAAAAAGGCAAAACCGGGCAAACCUUUACCUGACCAGAUCCGCUAGAAAGACGGUGGAACUGACGGGAAAAGCAGAAAAGAAGAAGGGCGAUGAAGUUCACGGAUUCGCCGGUGAUUGACCUCCGAGUCCUGGACACCCGCCUCUCUUUCCACCAGGACAACGCCACCAUGCACGUCGGCACCUCCGUCUGGCCUUGUUCCUUAGUCCUCGUCAAAUUCGCCGAGCGCUGGCACCCUCCGACGUCCGCGGCGGCCACGUCCGCGGCGGCCACGGCCGCCGACGCCAACCCCUACGCCGACAUCCUAAACUUCACCGGAAAGCGAGGUAUCGAACUCGGAGCCGGAUGCGGUGUCGGAGCGAUGGGCCUAUACGUGCUCGGCCUCAAAGACGUCGUCGUCACGGACAUCGCCCCUGUAAUGCCGGCAUUGAAGCACAACUUGAAGCGCAACAAGCCCGCUUUGAAGAAAGCCCUGAAGACGGCCCAAUUGUAUUGGGCUAACGAGGCCCAAAUUCAGGCCUUGAGCCCGCCAUUCGAUAUAGUGGUCGCUGCCGACGUGGUUUACAUCGAGGAGUCCGUCGGGCCGCUGGUGGAGACGAUGGCGGAACUGGUUAAGGACGACGGCGUAGUGUUGCUGGGCUACCAAGUGAGAUCACCAGAAGCCCAUGUUCUGUUCUGGGAUUUGUGUGGGAAAGCUUUUGAGAUUGAGAAGAUUCCGCACGAUCAUUUGCAUCCAGAGUACGCGUACGAGGAAACUGAUGUUUAUGUCUUACGUAAGAAGAAGAAGAAUAUGGACAUUUCCCAAGAACAAGAUGUUGUCUAGUGAAUUUCAUUUGGGCUUGCAAAAUUUGGUGAAGAUGAUUUUUGUGCUGAAUUUUGUAGUGAUUUGACUUUUUGUUUUAUGUUGUGGAUGAAGAAUGUAUAAGAAUUGAAAAGUUUAAAUUCCACAAUGUGAGUUUAUAUGAUCUUUGCCAAUAAAAAACAAGUUACACUCCUUAUAAUUAGAGUUUAUGUUCUGUCCAUAACAUCUUAUUUGACGUUUUUCUUAGCUUCUUCACAAAAACUAAUUAAUGCUUUUUCAUCAACAUAUAUAACCUUGUUUUACUUAUAUACAAGGUGCCAUCGUCGCCUAAACGAUUAAAUUAAAAUAUUUCGAUGGUAAGAGACACAGAGAAGAUCAUGCUCUAUGUCAUUGUUAUCAUGUUCUUGUAAUCUUUAUCAUUGUUAUAGAUUGAGUUAUAUAGGUG